AUUGUAGUACUGCGAAGACGAAGUAGUUCAACUACUUGAAGUAAUGCAGUAGACGCACUCUAUCUGUCAUCUUUCAGGCCACGGCAGGCUUCUACUUCUGUAAACAUGUCUUCUUCUUCGGAUGACUCUGCUGACGAGGAUUUCAACCCGGAAGAACACGAGCAGAGUGACGUCAGCGACUCCACUGGUGAAUCGGAAGGAGAGGCUACAGCAACGGUCGUAGCGGCCGCAGCGACCUCGACAAAGCGAAAGAAAGCGAAGCAGAACGUCCGGAGCACACGAGCAAGGCUAGCUGCCGGAAGACAAGAGUCCUCGAGCCAUGAGUCUGAAUCCGAGAGUGACGAGGAAUCCAAGGCCCGGGCAGAUGACCUCUGGCAGAAAUUUCAGCAGGACACCGAGAAGUUGUCAUCGCGGAGGCGAGGCGUAACGGCAGCGUCAACAUCAACAGUUGCCGUUUCUUCUACUGGCGUUGCUGCAACAAGCUCCAGUGAAACCAAGACUUGUGGGGAGACAACUGCAAGAGAUGGUGACCUAUCUGGUACGAGCACAUCAAUCACUUCAACGACGGCAAUGGCUGCAGCAGCUAUCGGUGCUGUAUCCACUUCAUCGCCUGCACAGCUACCAGCAGCAGAGGAAGCAGCAGCUAAACAACAGAAAGGCGUCAGUUCUACGACUGUGUCUGAUGAUUCAGUCACGUCAAGUGCUACUUCAUCUACUGCUGCCGAGUUAGGCAGUGUUUCACAAACAGCCAGUAAGCCUAGCAUAUCGUCAAGUAGCCAAGACGCAUCUUCCUCACUGACCAGCAGUGACUCGAUACAGUCUCGGCUAAAGCCUACGCUGGGAAAAGCCUCAUCCGUGUUAGAUUCAACGGACAGGACAUCUGAAAUGCAGAACCGGCUGUCGGCUGGAUUUGGGUCCCGCGGUCCGGGGUCUACCAAGCCCAGCGGAUCUGCAGCACUGGCGGCCUUGAUGUCGAAAGCCAGCGGGAAGAAAUCGGAGGCAUCGACUCUGGACAAAAGCCACAACGACUGGCAGAGCUUCAAAUCGGCAUCCGGUAUUGAAGAGGACCUGAAGAAACACAACAAGGACGGAUAUCUUGAGAAGCAGGACUUUCUGAAGCGUGCUGAGCUUCGUGAAUGGGAGAAGGAGAGGACACUGCGUCUUGGCAAACCAAAGUGAUGGCUUCUGGCUACUUGCAUGCUACGGAAGCAGAGAAGAUUCCUCAACUUUGGAAUCUGCUCCCAUUGUAAUGCUGGUGCUCAGCACACUGACUCAUUCAAAAAUAUUGCAGUUGCGUGACCUGUGAUGGGGAUUCGGGGAGCGUUUUCACAAUUGUUCUGGCGCCUUUGCUUUGCCUUUGCGGAUCUCCGGUGCAUUUUGUCGUGGCACCCUUUCGUCUGCUUUAUCCUAGCUGGCAUAGCGCGAGAUGGAGAGAUUUAAUUUACGUUUAUGGCGAAAUCUAAUUCUAUCGACAAUCCCCCCCCCCCCUUCCAUGCUGUGUAUUCUUUCUCUGCUCCAUUGCAGUCUGCCAUGCUGAUUCUUGGUAAAUCUUUUCUUAUGUACUAGUACCCGUAUCUACUUUUCCUAGCUGUGUUGGUAGGCGAGGUGAUAUCUUUAUCUGACGAUGUUUUUCCUUUGAUUGCACAUAUCAUGUAGUCAUCUCCCUUCCAAGUCAUGACAUAAAUGCAUGACUGUGUAUACUUUGAAGUAGUUGUAACUACUGGUGAUAAACAUCA